AUGGAUUAUAAGCUGCCACAGGCAUCAAAGAGGUCCUAUACUCUAGACAUAGAAGAACAUAAUGGACUUAUAUGGCAAACUGGUAUUGUUAUUUUGAACCCUUUUUCGAGGAAUCUAUCGGCUGACUAUCUAUCGCAUGGAGGAAAUGAAUCGACUGAAAACUUCCGUCGGGUCGUUCGUCCAUUUAUUCACGAAGAUCGCGGCCACUCAAGCCAGGUUCUACAGCCGUCUGUUGACCAGUCCACUGGCUCUGUAGCUAUAGAGGUAGCUACUUCUGUUGAUAGCUCGAGGAACUAUAUGAUGUCUCUAAGCGCGAUAAAGACUGAAAAUCAAGACCUGCCCCCACUGAUCGCGAGAAAAAGAGUAGUCGACUCCUCAACCCUCCCACGAAAGCAACGUCGACACUCGUCCUCCGCGUCUCAAAUUCAGGGCCGCUCAUAA